UCUGCCUUCCCAGCCCUGCCCUGCCCAGGGAUCCUCCCAAUUCAGCAGUUCUCGUCCACUGCCCCAGCCAGCUGCAGACUUUGACUCUGCAGGAGGCCCCGGAGCAGUUCCCACUGUUCUCUCUUGGGAAUGAUUAACUCCUGGUUAGAGGGUGCACACUCGCUUGAUCUUCAGGGCAGGUGGUCCCUGGUCAGCUGUCCCAAUAGGAGGCAAAGGUCUGCAGGCUCUGCCGAGAGCUGCCACCCAAAGCCGGGGCCUUCUGUGCCCAACAGACUGGGGAGCCCUCGGGGCCAGAGGUAGAACCAGUGGCACUGGGUAGCCACAGGGUCCUGGGGAGGGAGGGUCCUGGGGUCCCCGGGAGGUGAAAGAAGAGUGGUGCCUCCCCCCACCAUGCAGGGCAGCACAGAGUAAGGGAGACUGGAUUGAGGAUGUGACCAGAGUCAAGUCCAGCUGACUACGGACCCUCUGGCAUCCGUUGGGGUGGGAAUGUGCCCAGCAACUUGAAGGUGACCAGACAGAGCUGUGACCCAGCCUCACCUCACGGCUGAAGAGCCUGCCCACCAUGGCGAGCCCCACUCUGAGCCCCGACUCCUCGUCCCAGGAGGCCCUGUCGGCCCCCACCUGCUCCCCGACCUCUGACUCCGAGAACCUCAGCCCCGAUGAGCUGGAGCUGCUGGCCAAACUUGAAGAGCAGAACCGGCUCCUUGAAGCUGACUCCAAGUCCAUGCGCUCCAUGAAUGGCUCCCGGCGGAACAGCGGCUCCUCGCUGGUGUCUAGCUCCUCAGCCUCCUCCAACCUGAGCCACCUGGAAGAGGACACGUGGAUCCUGUGGGGCCGGAUCGCCAAUGAGUGGGAGGAGUGGCGGCGCAGGAAGGAGAAGCUGCUCAAGGAGCUGAUCCGCAAGGGCAUCCCGCACCAUUUCCGGGCCAUUGUAUGGCAGCUCCUGUGCAGUGCCACGGACAUGCCAGUCAAGAACCAGUACUCGGAGCUGCUCAAGAUGUCCUCGCCCUGCGAGAAGCUGAUCCGCCGGGACAUCGCCCGCACCUACCCGGAGCACGAGUUCUUCAAGGGCCAGGACAGCCUGGGCCAGGAGGUCCUCUUCAACGUCAUGAAGGCCUACUCCCUGGUGGACCGGGAGGUGGGCUACUGCCAGGGCAGCGCCUUCAUUGUGGGCUUGCUCCUCAUGCAGAUGCCCGAGGAGGAAGCGUUCUGUGUGUUCGUGCGGCUGAUGCAGGAGUACCGGCUGCGGGAGCUCUUCAAGCCCAGCAUGGCUGAGCUGGGGCUCUGCAUCUACCAGUUCGAGUACAUGCUGCAGGAGCAGCUCCCGGACCUGAACACCCACUUCCGCUCCCAAAGCUUCCACACAUCCAUGUAUGCCUCAUCCUGGUUCCUCACUCUCUUCCUGACCACCUUUCCACUGCCCGUCGCCACCCGUGUCUUCGACAUCUUCAUGUAUGAGGGGCUGGAGAUCGUGUUCCGGGUGGGCCUCGCCUUGCUGCAGGUGAACCAGACGGAGCUGAUGCAGCUGGACAUGGAGGGGAUGUCCCAGUACUUCCAGAGGGUGAUCCCCCACCAGUUCGACAGCUGUCCGGACAAGCUGAUCCUCAAGGCCUACCAGGUCAAGUACAACCCCAAGAAGAUGAAGAGGCUGGAGAAGGAGUAUGCGGUCAUGAAGAGCAAGGAGAUGGAGGAACAGAUCGAGAUCAAAAGGCUUCGGACAGAAAACCGGCUCCUGAAACAGCGGAUUGAGACCCUGGAGAAGGAGAGCGCUGCUCUGGCUGAUAGGUUAAUCCAGGGGCAGGUGACAAGGGCGCAGGAGGCCGAGGAGAACUAUGUCAUCAAGCGAGAGCUGGCAGUGGUGCGACAGCAGUGCAGCUCGGCAGCUGAGGACCUGCAGAAGGCACAAAGCACCAUCCGGCAGCUGCAGGAGCAGCAGAAGGGGGCCCCAGCCGCAGCCCUCUGCCUCCCCCAGGAUAACCCACGCCUCACUGAGGACUUCGUGACCCACCUAGAGACAGAGCUGGAGCAGUCAAGGCUGCGGGAGACAGAGACACUGGGGGCGCUGCGGGAGAUGCAGGACAAAGUCCUAGACAUGGAGAAGAGGAACAGCUCGCUGCCUGACGAGAACAACGUGGCCCGGCUGCAGGAAGAGCUGAAGGCGCUAAAGGUGCGGGAGGGCGAGGCCGUCGCCUCAGCCCGAGAACUUAAGCUACAGUUGCAGGAGCUCUCAGAUACCUGGCAGGCCCACCUGUCCCGUGGCGGUCGUUGGAAGGAGUCCCCGCGGAAGCUGGUGCUGGGCGAGCUGCAGGACGAGCUGAUGAGCGUGCGUCUGCGCGAGGCCCAGGCCUUAGCCGACGGCCGUGAGCUGCGGCAGCGCGUCGUGGAGCUCGAGACGCAGGACCACAUCCACCGCAACCUGCUGAACCGCGUGGAGGCGGAGCGCGCGGCGCUGCAGGAAAAGCUGCAGUACUUGGCGGCGCAGAACAAGGGGCUGCAGACGCAACUCAGCGAAAGCCGCCGCAAGCAGGCCGAGGCCGAGUGCAAGAGCAAGGAGGAGGUCAUGGCGGUACGCCUGCGGGAGGCCGAUAGCAUGGCUGCGGUGGCCGAGAUGCGGCAGCGCAUCGCAGAGCUGGAAAUCCAGAGGGAGGAGGGCCGCAUCCAGGGCCAGUUGAACCACUCGGACUCGUCGCAGUACAUCCGCGAGCUCAAGGACCAGAUAGAGGAGCUGAAGGCCGAGGUACGGCUGCUGAAGGGCCCGCCGCCCUUCGAGGACCCGCUGGCCUUCGACGGUCUGGGCCUGGCGCGGCACUUGGAUGAGGACUCGCUGCCGUCUUCGGACGAGGAGCUGCUCGGCGUGGGCGUAGGGGCGGCGCUGCAGGACGCGCUCUACCCGCUUUCCCCUCGCGACGCGCGCUUCUUCCGCCGUCUUGAGCGGCCCGCCAAGGACAGCGAGGGCAGCUCGGACAGCGACGCCGACGAGCUGGCUGCGCCCUAUAGCCAGGGCCUGGACAACUGAGGCCGCGACCUGCCUGCGCCACACCUAUGGAACUCCAUGCUGCGGUGGCUCCAGCAGCCGCCAGGGCUAGGCCCAGCACAGAGGGCAGGGCCGGAGCCUGGCAAGAUCUUUAGGACCCAGGCAGGCCCACCCUCCCCAGCAGUGUUUACUCAUCUUGGUCCGGAUCCCUCCGGACCGUCCUGGAGGUGCCUGGACCUGGAGGGUGGGGAUGACCCAGAGGUCCCAGAACUGGACAAGCAGCAAGUUCCCUUCUCCUUCUGAGACGAGGGCGGCCCUGCUGGGAAGGGCCCAGGAGCUAGAGGAGGCCUGGGGGGGGGGGGGGGGGGGCUCUGGGCUGGAUGUUGUUCACUAUCCCACCACACCCCUGGGGACACAGCCACCCUUGACCAGCCCCUGGACCCCUCCAGGGGUGUCUGGCCACCGGGGACAGAUGGCUGGACUGCGCUUUCCUGCCUGGUGCAGGUGUCGUGGCUCCUGCAGCAGAAACCAAAGUCCCCUCCUCCUGUGUUCAGGGCCCCCUGGGGUGUGGGUGGCUAGAGGGAACUCACCCAGCCCUGGGCAGUGUCUGUUCUCUCUUCCUGGGGCCAGAGCAGCUGCCCAGAAGUGAAGAGACCCCUUCACAGCACCCCACACCUUCCUCUGUGAGAUACCAUCCCCUGACUUCCCAUGAUGGAGGAGUACCCCUCCAGCCAGCCUCCUCUCCAAGGGGUCUUCAGCUUCCACUUCCCUUCCGGGUGCCCCAAUCCCCAUCCUCCACCAGGGUCAGGCCCCAGGUGAAGCUUCCCAGAGGAGCUGCCUCCCCCACACCUCCUCAUGGUGGGCCCGUGGUCUCUGCUGAAUCAGAGCCGAGAACGGUGCCAAAGUCCAACAAUGCCCCCCCAGACUCCCCCACCACCCCCCACCCCCCGGGACCCUGAGACCCGCGGGGUUGACCCUCUCGGUACUCCUGGAGCCUCUAGUAGCGUCACAAGCAAUCUCCCUGGCGCUUCCUGGGGCAGGGCCCAUGCUUAGUGCCCCCCUGCCCGGCCCCUCCCUCUUCAGUGUUACAAAGCCUGGGGCCAGGGUGGACAUCCCCCUCACACGUGCCCCACACACUGCCCACCACCAUUUUGCACACUGCCUGUUCACAGCCCACAUGUUGCCCAGGUGGGAACGAUGGAAAAUAAAGUAUUUACACAGU